UGUUUCUCCUUCCCUCCCUGCAGCGACGGCGAGACCGCGAGAGCGGCGCCCGCCCCGCCAGGGCGAGGGAAGGAGGCAGCCCGCGGGCGGGAAGCUGGAUGAGGACGUGGUGCGGGCAAGGCAGCUCCUCGGGCAUGAAGGGGACCGCGGGGACGCUGCCCUGCCCUGCAGCCGAGCGGGGACAUCAGGAGGACAGCUGCCUUUGGAUGGUACAGAACUCACUGACAGUUGCUCUUGCUUCAGAUCACUUCAUGAGAACUUCAGAAGUUACUAACUGAGUGAUAUUUGGCCAGACCUAAAAUAUCUUCCACUCCAGAUCUGAAAGUAGUGGAAAAGUUAGACAGUUCUCUCUUGGAAAGAGACCGGUUGUAGUUUUUUCACAAGUCCACAUUGUUUCAAAUCUCCAAGCAGAUGGUACGUGAACAGUACCUGACAACGACACCAGGCACAAGCCUAGAGAGGCCUAAGAAUGAAUAUAUCUACAAAAUUGGAAUUUAUGGCUGGAGAAAGCGUUGUCUCUACCUGUUUGUUCUCCUCCUGCUUAUCAUCCUAGUUGUGAAUUUUUCUUUGACGAUUUGGAUUCUUAAAGUGAUGUGGUUUUCCCCAACUGGGAUGGGACACCUGCGUGUUACAAAAGAAGGCCUUCGACUGGAAGGGGAAUCUGAAUUCUUAUUCCCUCUUUAUGCCAAAGAAAUCCAUUCAAGAGUGGACUCGUCACUGCUUCUCCAGUCUACUCACAAUGUGACUGUGAAUGCUCGCAAUUCAAAUGGGGAAGUCACAGGCAGAUUAAAUGUGGGUCCUAAAAUGGUAGAAUUCCACAGUCAGCAAUUUCAGAUCAACUCAAAGGAUGGCAAGCCACUUUUUACAGUGGAUGAAAAUGAAGUUGUAAUUGGCACAGAUAAGCUUCGAGUCACAGGGCCUGAAGGAGCACUUUUUGAACAUUCUGUAGAAACACCACUUGUGAAAGCAGAAGCUUUUAAACAGCUUAGGCUGGAAUCACCAACUCGAUCUUUGAGCAUGGAUGCACCACGAGGAAUUAAUAUCAAAGCACAAGCUGGGAAUAUUGAAGCUCUUUCCCAGAUGGAUAUCAAGCUACACAGCAGUGAUGGCGUGCUUUUGCUCGAUGCUGAAACGGUGCGACUGCCCAAGCUGCCUGAGGGUGCCAGGGGUGGAUCUGGGAUUUCUCAGGGGCUCUAUGAAAUCUGUGUGUGUCCAGAUGGAAAGCUCUACUUGUCAGUGGCCGGCGUGGGCUCCACUUGCCAAGAAUACAGCCGAGUCUGCCAGUGAGGCACCCAAAAGGCCACACACCCCUUUGGGCAUCUGAGAUUUGUAUUACUCCUAAAGAGCAUUACUGAAAGCAUAUUUUUCAGCAUUUUAAAAACAAAGCACUUACAAUUUAGGGAACAAAUCUGCAUCUACAGUUCUGGAAUACAGGGUGUAAGGGGAAGAAGAGCACAAAUGACAUUUCCACUUCAGAAGAAUGACUUGAAUCAAAUGUUUUGUCAGUAACACUUGGAAAACAGCCUUACAGAGAGCAUAAAAAAAUAAAACAAAUGUUUCCUUGCUGAACUAUUAUUCAGUCAGAUGAUUAUGUCAGUGUUCAUAUUUUUGAGAUUCGUGGGUUUUCCUCUCACUACAUGUACACACUUACUGUAUUAGUGGGUGAAAUUAAAUUGAGGGAACUACUUGAAUUAUUUGUAAGACAAACCAUUAUUUGGAGAAUUCAGAAAGUGCCAGCAAAUGGUCUAUGCAAUUUUGUUCUUGCAAUAACACAGGAUAAAAAAUGUGGUAUUUGUAUGAGUUCUGUGUAAAAGAUGUUGAUUUGCUAAUAGCUUUCUAUUUUAAUUUGGCAACACAUAUGCUGAUUUACUUGUUACUGAGAUUCAUAUAGAAAUAACUAAUGCAAAAAGCUCCAGGAGUCACAAAGGCCUCUCUGUGUCUCAAAUCCAUUCACUAUACAACAGAGAAGUAUGUUUGAUAGCAAUUGUUUGUUCUACUGCCUGUACCAUCAUAUUUAUUUAAAUCUUUUUAUUUUAGGACAUGCUAAUUCAACAAGGCAAUCUGUUGUGCCAGCUGGACUAGUAAAAAAAAAUGUGUCUUCAGAUUGUCUGACACAAGGAACUAUUUGGGCAGUGGGAAAAAAAUCCUUUUAUGCAGCCCACAGAUUUCAAUUAAGAGGAAUAUUUCAUUCCCAUCUGCACCUGUUUACUGGUAUUUUUGAUCCUGUCAGAGUGGAACUCCAUCACAGAGUAAAACAGUUAUUAUUUUUUACAUUAAGACUUUAGAUACAAAAUAAAUGCUCACCAGAGCUGACAAACCGUUUAUUGGCCUUGUAACAAAAUACAACUGCAGACCCGUUCCCCUGUACAGUGUUGCACUGAACACAAAUAAAUUGUUUGCACACCG